AGAUAAUAUAAGAGUCCCAGUUCAUACAAUUGAUAGUAUUGAAAUUAAAUGCAUAGAAAAAGCAUAUGAAAGAGAACCCGGAGACAGAGUAGUGGUGGGUUUUACUUCCUGUACGUAUUGUAUCUUUUGGCAGCACGGGGGGAGUUCGGGGUGUGGACAAUGCUGACAGAUUUUGCAAGAUAAAGAAAAGCAGAAAGAGCAAAAGAGGAAAAGAGAGGCAGCGACGAGAGGACUGACAGACGCACAAUCAGAUCGGUGAUAGGGCGAAGGGAAAGCAACAAAUAUGCUGCUGCAGUGACUCAUUUAAACACUGGAGCUAAAGGUGAAGACAGUGAGAACUCGGCAGCAGUUUCUAUUGGGUUUGCGUGUCAAGUCUGUUCUGGUGGAGGGAUAUUUUUUUGUUGCAUUUUUUUAAGAAACCGAUGGAGGAAAAUGUCCGAGGAACCUCUACAGCUGCACAUCUAAAUAGGUCCUGUGGGACCCGAAAACCACAGCUGAGCUAAGCUUUGCUUGAGAGGAGGAUUAAUGAAUGUGUUGCUGAACAUCACUGAAUUCAACAGAAUUGAUACACCAUGACCUUGCUACUGUUCACUGCGAGUUCUGUACCUCCAAACGCUUCCUUUUCUACUGCAUCUCCAUCAGUAUCGUCCUUCAUGUCAAGAUUCACUCCGUAUUCUUCCCCCAAUGCCACAAUUGAAUCAAACUGUACUUUCGGCAGCGCCUCACUCCGUCUGCCGCUGGCGGUUUUCUACUUGCUGUUUUUUGUCCUGGGUCUCGUGGGGAACCUGUUCGCUCUGUGGGUGUUCCUCUUUCUCCACUCCAAGCACAACUCGGUGCGGGUGUUCCUCAUCAACUGCGCUGUGGCCGACCUGGUCCUCCUGGCGUGCCUGCCGUUCAGGGUGUUCUACCACCUCAACGGAGACAGAUGGGUGCUGGGGCCGGUGGCCUGCAGGCUGGUGGGGAACGGUUUCUACAUGAACAUGUACACGAGCAUUCUGCUGCUGGGACUCAUCAGCCUGGACCGGUAUGUGAGGCUGCGAGGGAGAGGCCGGGCUAGGAGGAGCUUAUGGGGGAGGCUGUGUGGCCAUAAGCAGCUCUGGAGCUGGGUGGUGUGUGGCACCAUAUGGAGCCUCUUUUUGAUGGGGACGAUGCUGAUGGCCGUGACGAAGGAGGACAAAGACUUCAACGGAAAAUGCUUUGAGUACAGGCAGCGACGCAAUGUCACCUGGAAAGCUUACCUCAAUGCGAUGUUAGUUGUGCUGUUCUGGCUGGUCUUCAUCAUGAUGGUCAUCUCCCACGCCAAAAUCGCCUCAAAGUUGCUUCUGCUGUCGCAGAAGAAGCCCGAGCUUCCCAAUGCAGCCAAGUACAAAAGAACCGCCAAGAAGUCCUUCUUCGUCCUCUUUCUGUUCACCGUCUGCUUUGCGCCCUACCACAUCUACCGUCCGGUGUACAUCCAGUCCCAAAUACACUCCGAUGAAUCCUGUAACUACCUGGGGAUGGUGAACCGUAUCAACGAGAUCAUGCUCCUGUUGUCCACCUUUAACAGCUGCUUGGAUCCGGUCAUGUACUUUCUGUUGUCGGGCUCGGUGCGCAGAACCGCUCUGCGGGUUCUUGGACACCGGUUCUGCAACCGUUGUCAAUACCUUCAAGAUGUUACGCUGAACAGCUCUACCAUAGAUUACAGACGAGGGUCCGCACCGCUGGCUAUACCCGGACAAGUCCUCAACAACCCUACACUCACACCUAGAACCAGCUUCUGUGUCAUUAACUCCACUCUCCGUCGCACAGAAGCAACAGCUACUCUUCCUCCCGCUGAUCUUCAGUGAUCGCAAACUGCUCAAGAUUGUCAGAAGACUGAAUGCAGAAUGCCAAGCUACAUUGAAGCUGACACAGAACUGUUUUUUUAACAAUAUCUUGUUUUAUUUUGGCUAUGUAACUGUUAGAUCAUUUAUACUUGGUUCUGUUGAAAGCUUUUACCCAAGAAUGUAUGAGGUGGUGUUUUUGUUGUUUCUUUGCAUUUUUUUAAGAUAAGUUGUUUCCCACUUUUUUUCACACUAUUUAAAAAGGAAAAAUAUGACUAUGAUAAAAAAAAUUAAACUUAUUCUCUUAUUAAAACAAAACUUCAACCGGCAUCAAAAACGAGCCACGCAAAAGUAUUCACAAGUCUUCAUAUAGAGCAACAAGUUCCAGUGUUAUUUGUAGGGCUCUGUGAUGUGGUUUAAAAAUAAAAUGUUAAAUCUUUUUAAUACCAAAUUUGAUUUUCAAUUCUCACUUUUUUCCAUAAAACAAUUCUAAAUGAACUUUUUUUUUUAACUUUCUUUUAUCCUUGCCUGUGAGUUGAAUUGAAUUCAAAGAGAAAACAAAGAGAAGGGUUAGGGUUGGUGAAUUCACUCUUUGAGGCUGCGGGCCCAACACGAUUGGUUCCCAGCCCACUUAGGUACCUCAAAGGGUAUGCACUCUCACUCGCGAUCAAGAACCACCUUGAGCAACAGGGACUAUCUUUUAUGGUUGGUGUAUGGUGCUUGCGGUGUGCUCCAGGGCGCCAGCUUUUGGUUUGUAUGUGCUGUGUGGGCUGGUAGAAUAUGGCUGGCAUAUUCCGGUGGGUGCAGUUGCUUCAUCCGAGUUGGGCUCAGAUGGAGCUUGUAGUGAAUUGUUAUAGUGAACCCAUCAGGGUUUGAAUUAUUUGCAAAUACUUCAAACUUUAAAACAGCUUUACCCCCCAAAAAACUCAAUGGCAACCUAUCAUAUAGAGUAGAUAUCAGUCACUGGUGUAUUUUAUUUCACCUAAGAAUGUGUUGAUCACCAUCAGGUCAAGGUUGGCAGCAGUCAUUUGAUUGUUUGCAGUUUUAGCACCUUAUUGCCCUCAUUUGGAUUUACCCGAUGACUAAA